AUGGAGUCAUACCCAUUGCAGCUGAUAUCUCAUUUGUCGCCAUUGGUGGUGAUCCAAGGAAUCGACCCACGGUGCAAGUCCUUAGCCACAGAGACAACACUGAAAGAUGAGGAGGACAUAAAGGAUAACCCGCUGAUGAGGGACACAGAGCGCUUACACAGGAAACAACGCUAUGUCGAUGAUAUCCCGCUGGUGAAAGAUGUACUGAAGAUAUGGAUGAAGUAUCAUCUGGAUGGUGUUGUGUGGGACUCAAACUCUACAAAGCAACAGAUGCCAACACAUCAACACAGAUAUCGGUUGAAGCCAGUUGAUGAUGAUUACGCUUUACCGAACAAGACACAUCCCUCUGAAUUAUCACCGGGAGAAGAGGGCUCCAUCAUAACUGCUGACUGGUUGCAGAAGUACAGAUGUAUCAUUCCAUCGUUGUUCAUUGGCAUGUACUCUAUAGAUACGGAUUUGACAGACGAAGCUGAGAUUUCGAAAAAGGAUGAAGAUCUGGCAAUGGAGAUCCAUAUACUGAAAGAUCAACUGAUGAAGAGAAAUGUGAAGCUGUUGGUGAUUCUCGUGUCUGAAAAAUCUGUGGCUUUACACCCUGAUUUAGAAGACCGUGUUAAUGAUAUACGGAGAAUUACCGGAUUGAACAACAGAAAUGGCCUUUUGUUACUCUCUUCUGGGACAGCAAAGGAAUUGCAGACGUUUGCUAUGGAAGUGUUGCAAGUGAUGAAGGUUUCAUCGUCAGAUUACUACGGAAACCUGGAUAAAAACGUUAGAAGGAAGAAAUCAAAAACCCUUUCCACAGUAAAGUCACCAGACCAGUCUCUAAAGAAUCGCAUAGAAGCAAGAUAUUCGAUAAAGCUUGGUGUACUGAGUGAAUUUAGACAACAGUAUGAACCUGCGGUAAAACAUUACGAAACUGCAUAUGAAAAUAUCGUUGAACUGUUAAACAUGAUACAACUGGAUAAUCCAAAAUGGAAGGAAACAAGGUUAUUGCUCGACACCACGCUGUUCCACAUAGUUAGAAUAUAUUUCUAUUUGGAAAAGACCAAUACCGCUUACAAAAAAUUUGAUGUUCAUACCCAAACAGUGAUGUACUUCUUAAAGGACAAGAGUGUUCCCGCAAAUUCAUUCGCUGUUUCUUGUUGGUUAUCGCAACAGUUCAAAUGGUUGGCACAGCUUUCAGAUCUCUCACCGACGACUCUGGUUCCAUCAGAUACACCCUAUAAGACGGAUUCAUUGAACAGGGUCUCUCCAUUAGUACUACCACAUUCAGGGUACUUGUACCUUCAAGCAGUGGAUCUCUUGAAAAGAAGAGGCCCGAAGAAUGAAGAGGUUGAAUUAGAUUCAUAUGCAACGGGAUUGGUCACUGAAUCUUAUGAAGAUUCAUUGAUCAAUUUAUUGAAGUUUGCCAAACUAGCGUUUCAAAAGAAGGAUAACACUUUCAACAGAAGUAUCGCCUACACCAACUUUCAAUUAGGACAAGAAUACUUCAAUAAUUAUCAGUUCGAAAAGGCCAUGAAAUUCUUCGAGCAAUCGUUAGAUUGUUUAAAAGAAGAUGAGUGGACUCACCUUCUUGCAGCCAUCCACAUGAAGUUACUGAAGUGUUCUCUCCAUCUGAAAAAGCAUUAUUCAUCCGUAUUAAAUCUUCUGGAGAUUAGUUUAUUACCUGAAAGCCCAUCCAUGAAAACUGCAUUGGGAACUGCAGAAGAUUUCACAAAUGAUGAAAAAGACUUUGAGAACCUCUUGAAAUCAUCAGAUGAAAGCAUCAUAAUCAAUGCGGAUGUGGAUUCGAAUCUUGAUCUUUUCGAAACCUGUGUCUUAUUCAAGAGAACAACUGUACCGUUGUCUAAAAAUAUUGAAUUCCAGCUGAGAAUUAGAUCGCAGACAAACCACGCUUUGAGAAAUACUAAAUUGGAUGACGUUCUUGUUACCUUUGAAGGUCAAAUUCCUUCACUGAUAUUGAAACAUGAUCCAAAUGCGGCUAACAAUGAUGCCAAUGUAAUGUUUGAUAAAAUGGACCUUGAUGAAGAACGGAAAUGCUAUCCAGUAACUGCCAAUUUGUUAUUUCAACCGCUCGAAGAGAAAACUUUCACAUUUAUCAUUCCUGCGUUGCAUAUUGGCUCAAGUUCGUGUACUAAGAUCUCAGGUGUCAUGUCCUAUGGUGAACUUUUUGAAGUGAGGUUAUUAAGUUUACCGAUGAAACAGAGUACUCUCGAAUACAGACACGAAUGGAUCAAUGCAAAUGGAUCAAUAGAUAUUGUGCCAACGCUUGAUCCUUUCACCACUGAAGUUGUUCCAAGACAACCGGAUACAAGAGUUUCUCUAGUGAGCACACCGAGUGCCGUGGUUUAUGGAGAAAAAGUUUCGGUUGAUAUGUUAAUAGACAACGAAGACCAUGAGAACGUUGAUAUGGAUAUUUCUGCCAAAUUGUUAUACGGAGAAAAUCAGAUUAACCACACCUGGAAUGGGUCACUUUCUGAGUUGAAGCUCGUCUCUAUCCCGAAGAGCAACGAUAUCAAAAAUUCGAUUAAGUUCGAAGUUCCACAGUAUGUCAAGGAAGAAGAGAUUCGUGAUAUUCAGCUACGCAUAGACAUUGUGUACUACGUUAACCAUGAUAGAGAAGUCCCAAUGAGAGAUUCUCUUCAAGUUAUCAUACCGAUUGUUAACCCAUUCACCAUUGGUGUUUCCAUCUACCCAAGAGUUAGAGAGGACGAUCUACCAAAGACCUUUGAAAUUGAGGAAGGUGAUGUUGCCAUUCCCAAACCAUCAAGAUAUUGGCUCAUGAGGCUGGCCGUUGUCACCGAGCCUGACACUGGUAUCAAAGUGUUUGAUGAUACGCUUCAUUUGAAAUCCGGAAAUGAGCAUGUUCUAUGCAGAGAAAUAGUUGAUAACUAUCGUCAACGUACGAAAGACGCUGGUGAUAUUGAAUCCGAUCAUUACAUAGAAACGGUGAUCAAUGAUGGCCACACGUACCGAAACAUCGCAUUUGAGGCCGUUCUUAGUUUGAAAUGGCAAAGAGAAGGAAGCGACACCGUUAACGAGUAUAUCCACGAGAAGUGGAAGCUCAGUUUCCCACUGCUGGAUCCAAGAGUACUUUUGGACAUUGAUGCGAAUGACAAGAACAAUGACCUCGUAUUGACGUAUCUCAUUGAGAACCCAACGUCUCGCAUCUUUGCCUUCUCUACAACGCUCAUCGAGAACCAGGCUUUCCAGGUGAGUGGGACAAAGUCUCUGAGCCAUCUUUCAGUGCUACCUUGUACAAGACAAGCUAUCGUGUUCCAUGUUACUCCUUUAUCCACUGGCUUGCUACAAUUACCCCAGUUGAAAGUUUACGAUUUGGACUACAGGGUUAAUCUGCCAACGCUACCUAUCACUGACAUUGCUCGUGCACAUAAGCAAGAGGUAUUCGUUCAAGUUGACGAUAUUUAA